AUGCCUUUGCUCUCUUCUCUCUCUCUUCCUUUCUCUCCCUCUCUCUCUUUGCCUUUUCUUAUUCUUUUCCUUAAGAAUACAAAAUGUCCAGUUUUCACAACUCUCUCUCUCUCUCUUCCUUUUCUCUCCUCUCUCUCUUUGCUGAGAAAUUAUCCAAAAUCACCAUUAGGUCAAAUUUGUAUUUUCUUUAUCUUCUCUCCUUUUCUCCCCUCUCUCUUUGAAAUCAAAAAAAUGUUAUUUCAUGCCUUUGCUUUUCUCUCUCUAUCUUCUUAUUCCUUUCUCUCCCUACUUACCAUUAUUUCAUGCCUUUAUUUUUUCUCUCUCUCUCUCUUUCCUUUCUCUCCCUCUCUCUUAUUCUUAUCUUUAUUCUUUUCCAAUAACCAAGACUGUCCAUUAUUUCAUGCCUUUUUCUCCUCUCUCUCUUUCCCUUUCUCCUCCUCUCUCUCUUUGCCUGUAGACAUCUUAUUCUUUGACUUAUUGAGAAUAUUUCAAGACUGUCCAUUAUUUCAGAAGUUUGAUCUCUCUCUCUUGUUUCUCUCCCCUCUCUCUUUGAGAGAUCUUCUUAUUCUUUCCCCCUUAUACCUUCCAAAUACAACUAAGACUGUCCAUUAUUUCAUGCCUUUACUUUUCUCUCUCUCUCUUCCUUUCUCUCUCUUUCUCUUUGACUAUCUGUCCAUUAUUUCAUUUUUGGAUCUCUCUCUCUCUCUCUUCUUUUCUCCCUCUCUCUGGUCUUUUGUACUUAUUUCUUAUUCUUUCCCUAUACCUUCAAUACAACUAAGACUGUCCAUUAUUUCAUGCCUUUGCUUUUCUCUCUCUCUCUCUCUCUUUCUUCCCUCUCUCUUUAUUCUUAUAUUUUUCCCCUUAAAAACUACUGUCCAUUAUUUCAUGCCUUUGCUUUCUCUCUCUCUCUCUCUCUCCCUUUCUCUCCCUCUUAUUCUUUACCUGUAUUCUUCUUUCCUCAACACAACUAAGACUGUCCAUUAUUUCAUGCCUUUGCUUUUCUCCUCUCUCUCUCUCUCUCUUCCUUUCUCUCCCUCUCUCUCUUUGCCUGUAUCUUCUUAUUCUUUCCUUUAUACCUUCCUUCAACUAAGACUGUCCAUCCAUUUUUUCAUGCCUUUGCUUUCUCUCUCUCUCUCUCUUCUCUCUCCUUUCUCUCUCUCUCUCUUUUGCCUGUAUCUUCUUAUUCUUUCCUUAUACCUUCAAACAACUAAGACUGUCCAUUAUUUCAUGCCUUUGCUUUUCUCUCUCUCUCUCUCCUCUCUUCUUCUUUCCCUUAUCUCUCAACCAAGACUGUCCUACUGUCCAUUAUUUCAUGCCUUUGCUUUCUCUCUCUCUCUCUCUCUCUCUUCUUUCUCUCCUCUCUCUUUUUUCGCCUACUGUCCAUUAUUUCAUGCCCCCUUUUGCUUUUCUCUCUUCCUUUCUCCCUCUCUCUCUUUGCCUGUAUCUUUAUUCUUCCUUAUACCUUCCAAUACAACUAAGACUGUCCAUUAUUUCCCAUGCCUUUGCUUUUUCUCUCUCUCUCUCUCUCUUCCUUUCUCCCUCUCUCUCUUUCCCUGUAUCUUCUUAUUCUUUUCCCUUUCUCUCCAAUCUGUCCUAUUUCUCUUCCUUUCUCUCCCUCUCUCUUCCUUUUCCCCCUCUUCUUUGCCUUUCCCUAUUCUUUCCCUAUACACUUCCAAUACAACUAAGACUGUCCAUUAUUUCAUGCCUUUGCUUUUCUCUCUCUCUCUCUCUUCCUUUCUCUCCCUCUCUCUCUUUGCCUGUAUCUUCUUAUUCUUUCCCUUAUACCUUCCAAUACAACUAAGACUGUCCAUUAUUUCAUUCUCUCUUUGCUUUUCUCUCUCUCUCUCUUGCCUGUGUAUCUUCUUAAAGAUCUGUCCAUUGUUCAUGCCUUUGCUCUCUCUCUUCCUUUCUCUCCCCUCUCUCUCUCUUGUAUCUUAUUUUCCCUUAUACCUUCCAAUACUAAGACUUUUCAAUGCCCACUGCUUUCUCUCUCUCUCUCCCUCUCUUUCAUGCUCUUUGCCUGUAUCUUCUUUUCUUGGGACUGUCCAUUAUUUCAUGCCUUUGCUUCUUUCUCUCUCUGUCUCUCCUUUCUCUCUCUCUUUUGCCUGUAUCUUUAUUAUUUUCCCCUUACCUUCCAAUACAACUAAGACUGUCCAUUAUUUCAUGCCUUUGGUUUUCUCUCUCUCUCUCUCUCUCUUCCUUUCUCUCCCUCUCUCUUGCCUCUCUCUUCCUUUCUCCCUCUCUCUCUCUUUGCCUGUAUUUUUAAUUUUUUUUCAAUACACAACUAAAGACUGUCCAUUAUUUCAUGCCUUUGCUUUUCUCUCUCUCUCUCUCUCUCCUUUUCUCUCCCCUCUCUCUUGCCUGUAUCUUCUUAUUCUUUCCUUAUACCUUCCAAUACAACUAAGACUGUCCAAUUUCAUGCCUUUGCUGUCCAUUAUUUCAUGCCUUUUGCCUUAUCUCUCUCUCUCUCUAAGACUUCUUUCUCUCCCUCCUCUCUCUCUUGCCUGUAUCUUCUUAUUCUUUCCUUAUACACCUUCCAAUACAACUAAGACUGUCCAUUAUUUCAUGCCUUUGCUUUCUCUCUCUCUCUCUCUCUCUUCUUUCUCUCUCUCUCUCCUGCUCUUCUUAUUCUUUCCCUAUACCUUCCAAUACAACCAAGACUGUCUUUUCUUAUUCUUUUCUUCCUUUCUCUCUCUUUUCCUUUCUCUCCUCUAUUCUUUCAUUCCAAUUCAUAAGACUGUCCAUUAUUUUGCUUUUUUCUCUCUCUCUCUCUUCCUUUCUCUCCCUCUCUCUCUCUUUGCCUGUAUCUUCUUAUUCUUUCCCUAUACCUUCCAAUACCUUCCCAUUAUUUCAUGCCUUUGA